UCCGACAGAAUAGCACGAAUAAUAUAGUAAUAUCUAAUAAUAUAAUAUUUGUUUACAGAAUCAUCUAAUUUUCGAGUGAUUUUAGUUAUUAUUACUGACACAGAAAGUGCUUUAUAAUGUAUGUGUCUUAAACAGAAUAGAGAUAGCGAAAUAAAAUGAUUAUAUUUAAAUAUUUUUUGUUGGCUAUAUAUUUCACUUAUUGCGAAUCAGCCAAUAUCCUGUAUGUAAUACCAUUCACGUCGAAUUCUCAUUAUAUUUCACUCAGAACAAUAGGACUUGAAUUAUCUCGACGUGGUCACAAUGUGACAGUUAUAACAUCAUUUAAAGAAGACGAUCAUCCCCCAAACUAUCAUCAGAUUAUGAUACAGAAUAUAAAAAUAUGGGAUGUUCUUGGAGUCGAAAGACCUAAUGUAUUUACAAUGAUCAAUUUAUCAAAUGAAGAAUUUCAUAAAGAUGUUUUAUGGGCUGGUGGUCUGGCUAUAACUGAGCUUGCAUUAGCGACACCUGAUGUUCAGGAACUCCUAAAAAGUGGUACAAAAUUUGACUUAGUGAUAAGUGAGCAGUUCUUUCAAGAAGCAUUCUAUGCAUUAGCUCAUAAAUAUCAAGCACCUUUAGCACUCGUAACUACGUUUGGAAACUGCAUAAAACAUAAUUUUUUGAUAAGAAAUCCCUUACAAUUGUCGACGAUUACCUCUGAUGUCAGUCAAAUUGACAAUCCAAGGAGUUUUAUGGGCAGAUUGAGGAAUCUUUGUUUUAUAGCGUAUGAAUUGUUUUGGUGGAAAUACUGGUAUUUAACAAAGCAGGAGGAAUUAAUGAGAAAAUAUAUACCUGGACUACCAGAACCCGUGCCAAGCUUGAUAGACAUACAGCGAAAUACCUCCCUUAUGUUACUAAAUAGUCAUUUCAGUAUUGAUACACCUGCAGCAUAUUUGCCAAAUAUUAUUGAAAUUGGUGGUGUGCAUUUAACAAAAACAAAUACAACUCUGCCAAAGGACCUACAAAAAAUCUUAGAUGAAGCAAAGCAUGGUGUAGUUUAUGUAAACUUUGGAUCUAAUGUACAGAGUGCAGAGUUACCAGAAGCUAAAAAGCAAGCAUUUUUUAAUGCUUUUCGAAAGCUUAAGCAAAUAGUUAUUUUCAAAUGGGAGGACGGUGAAGUAACAAACAAACCAGACAAUGUUAUAACAAGAAAAUGGCUUCCUCAAAAAGAUAUAUUAAGUCACCCAAACAUAAAAGUGUUUGUAUCACACGGUGGUCUCAUAGGAACUAUAGAAGCAACAUCGGUAGGAGUACCAAUAAUUGGAGUCCCUAUAUAUGGAGACCAACUAAACAAUGUACUUAUUUUAGAAGAGAUGGGUAUAGGUCGUCUACUCCGAUACCAUGAUAUAGAUGAGGAUACUCUCUUUACAAUAAUUAGCGAUGUUGUUGAUAACGAUACUUACCACAAGAAAGCGAAGGAAGUUUCUAAGCGAUUUUUCGACAGGCCUAUGUCUGCUAUUGACACGGCUGUGUUUUGGUUAGAGUAUGUAAUUAGAAAUAACGGAGCACCGUUUAUGAAGAGUCCAGCUCUUGAGCUUAAUUGGUUCGAAUACACAAUGAUGGAUACAUACAUUGCCUUGACAGUCGCAUUAAUUCUCAUUUUAUGGAUAUUUGUAAAAUGUAUCAGUCUUAUGUACAAAGUUUAUAGAAGCAGUACUUCUAAAUUAAAACCCAAAAUGAAAAAGGCUUAAGAUUCAGUCUUAAUAUAAGUAUAAUAAUUUUUAUUUAGUUUAUUGAUAAUCUUGGUUCAAUUUGAGUUAUUGAUCUGUAGUAAAGAAGUUUUUAUAAUUU